AUGUUUGCACGUGCUUGCCUACUCCACAUAGACAACGAACACGAAAAUGAAUCCCCCCAAUCUCAAGAUCACGAGGAACGCGACUACCCAAAGAUGCGCAAAUGUUUGCACAAGCUUGACCUUUACCGCAAGCGCCUACUCAAACAUGAAAAUGCAACCCCCCAACUUUCAAGUCAAGGAGAAGGAAAGAACAAGAGGAUCGGACCCAAAAUCGUCCGCCCAGCCACAGAGCUCCACGAAGCCGGCGUCCGCUUCAUGAAAAGCGAAAGCAAAAGUCUCCCGGACAUCACCUUCGACGGUGGCGUCUUGAAACUUCCCAAUUUCAUGAUUGCUGACUUUACCGAAUCAAUGUUCUUGAAUCUCAUAGCCUUCGAGCGUUGUCACAUCCCUGUUGGCAACGACAUCAGUUCGUUCAUUGCGUUGAUUGACUAUAUCAUCGAUGACAGUCGUGCUAUCAAACUUUUGAGCUCGAAAGGGAUUAUCGACAACUUCAUUGGGAGUGACAAGGAGGCAUCUGAUUUGUUCAACAAAAUAUCCAAGGAAUGUCGUUUUGAUUUGGGCGGCAAGCUUGGCCAUGUGCACAACAAGCUCAUCGACUACUACAACACGCGUUGGCAUAAAUGGCGCGCCAAUUUAACUCAAACUUACUUCAAAAGUCUGUGGGCAAUUAUUUUUGUCAUCGCAGCCUUCUUUAUCUUCUCUUGCUGCAGUGCAAACUAUCUUCACCAUCCUAAAUUAAUUUGA